AAUGAUUAACAAUUGUUUGAAUGUAACUGUAAGAAAGGUUGAGGGUACAAAUUCUCAGUAUGGCUUGGUUUUAGUCAACGAGACUGGCUAUGAAUCAAUUGAUGGUAGAGUUUAUCUUAGGGAAAUUCAAACGGAUAAUUGCGGAGUAAAAAUGAUUUGCGGUAUUGGUUUAGUUCGCUUUAACAAGCAAUUCGGAUUAGUUUGUCUUGACAAUAAAAAUAUUUUAAAAGAAUAUCAAGCCUAUACGAAAGUUUGGGUCGUUUCAAAAGCAAUAUGUCGAAGUGUUCAUAUGGAAUCAGAAGUUAUGCACGAUACAGUUGACCGGAAGUAUGAAAGGUUGUUUAAAGAAUUUCCAUCAGUUUUUUUAUCCUCUACAAAACAUACAAACGAUUUAAUAUCUAGCAAGAUAUUCGAUGAUGUUAUCUUAUCUCACCUAUUCGAAGCCAAUGCUUUAGAAAGUUCUAGUAAAGUUUGUAAACAACCUCUGCUAGUUAAAUGCAAUUCGAAGAAUACAACCUAUUUCCCUCCUUUAAAGAUUGUUAAAAUGCAUGUAAUAUUUAUACUAUAUCGACCAGGAAAAGAUAAUUAUCACCUUUGUGGACCACUUCAUUUAAUAAAUGAAGCAAAUUUACAAUGGAACAAUUCGAAAACUUCUAUUUCUUCUCAAACGGUUGACAAUUGCGCGGACGAAUGUUUAAAUAGCAGAGAUUGCGUUGCCUUCGGUUUUUUCCCAUUAAAAUCUGGCUCAAUUUGUCAUCUUACUAAUAAACAAUGCGAAAAUGUUCAAUCUAACAAGAUGGUUUAUCUAAGACCUGGACAAAAUUUAUAUGUUAGAACAUCCCAAAGAUGUUCAAAUAGGCUUUAUGCAAAUGAGAUGUAUUUUGAAAACUAUUUUAAACCUUCGUACUGUUAUACAAUCUUGAAGGAUAAAUUCAAUUGGGAAGAAGCCGAAAAAGAAUGUUCAAAUAGAGGAAUGGCAAUUCUAAAGGUUACAGAGAAUAAUGAAUAUUUGCCAAAUAUGGUAAAAACGUUUUUCUCUACUAAAGGAGAGAGAAUAUGGUUACCUAUAAUAAAAAAAGAUGGAGGUUUCUAUUGGCGUAACGUUUUUCAAUCAAGAGAUAAAUUAUUAAAAGUUAAAUCAAAGUUCUAUCCUUUAAAAAGUCUACGAGAAGAUUGUAAUUCUGCAUUGAUUAGAUAUAAUAAGAAUUACUUACUAAUGGAUAGGGAAAAGAUUAAUUGUAAGAGUAGAUUAACAACCAUUUGUUAUAAACCGAAAGAUGGUUGGAAUAUAACUGAAAGUCAAAAGUGGCUGAUAAAAGAAAUGCUUAAAAAACCUAAUCCACCUUACAUAGGAGAUAAUGAUAAGGCUAUCCAUUUUAAAUAUCAUUAUUGCAAUCUUAAAUUUAAUCAUGUCGAUCAGAGCUAUUGUUUUCCCCAAUUUAAAAGUUUGGCUAGAUAUACAGAUAUCGUUAAUUUUGGUUCAAGUAAGAUCAACUAUUCAAGUAGAACAAGCUCAAUAAAAGAUUUAGAAUCGUUUGAUGGCUUUCUUAUAAUGAGAACAUUUACUAAUCACGAUUGUGAUCAUAUUAAAGCAACAGUCAAUAUAUUUGGUUUUAUUGAUCAAAUUGAAAUUAAUAGCGGAAAUUCCCGUUGUGGAUUUCUUUAUAUGAGAUGGAAUGGUUUGCUUAAACCUUUAUGUAUAAAUAUCAAUAACAUUAAAGCUUUAGCUCAAGAAAGAAGGAAAUAUUUAAUGAAAGGAUUAUGUGCUACAUUUGGACUUGAUUAUUUAUGGCUCAAUGCAGACUUACAACCCACAAUUACUUUUAAAGAUGAUCACUUGGGCUUAGAAAUCAAUCAUUCGAUUAUUGAUUUAUAUGAAAAUAUAUAUCCAAGACAUAUUUUAGAAAUACCUUUCCUUAAGAUUAAGAGUGAUAGUUCUUGUACGCAACCUCCUCUUACAUUAAAACUAUGGUGUAGGAUAUUUGACAGACUUCCAAGACCAGAUAUGGUCCUUCAAUCUUUGCCUUCUAUUAAAUAUUCAUUUAAAUUCUUUAGACCAGCUCUAUGGGAUAUUUGUGGUCCUACACAUCUCUUUCGAUUUCAUUUCGGUAGUUUUACUAAACGGAAUAGCUCCUCUGUCUCUACAGAGAGAAUAAUUCCGUACGAGAAUGGUAAUGAUCCUACCGCAAGAAAGUACAUUGUUGGUAAGACAUUUUUCGAAUGUAGGAAAAUCUGUUCCGACUCUCAAACCUAUGUUGGAUUUUUAUAUAUUCCUAUGAAAGAUGAUAAACUUAUUGGUUAUUGCGGUUUGACCGAAAGAUAUUGCGAUACUGAUCCUAAUUAUGCCUAUACAUAUAUUCCAGCUGGGCAUUGGCUUUAUGUAAAAACUCAUGAUAUAUGUUCAAAAUUUUCUACCGUUCCCAUUGACAACGUCUUGUACGACGCAUUAACGAAAGUUUGUUUUGUUAUUAAAAGGAAUGUUACAUAUAGAGAGGCUACUAAAUAUUGUCAGAGUAUAGAAAUGAAUAUGUUUAGACCGGAUUUGUUAUCUGAAUCUGUAAAAACGCUCUUCCCUUCAAAAGAAACUGUAUGGAUGUCAACAAAACUAAUCGAUUAUCGACUUCAUUAUAACUCUAAUUUUGGCGAUGGAAAACGAUAUGAACUCUUGGAUAAUAAUCAAUUAAAAGGCUUAAACAUAUCUGACAUUCCUCUAUCGAAUUGUAUCGCUUUAUACGUAAGCUAUCGAACCGUUGAUCUGAAGGAUAUGUUUGGUUUAAAUCGGAGAAGAUUGCCAUUAAAAAAUGAAAUCCUAUGCAAUUUCUCCAAGUUAACAGCAAUUUGCCAACGUCCUCUGAGAGGUGGUUGGUCCCCUUGGACAAAAUGGUCCGACUGUCCUUGCUACUUUAAGUCUGUUACGAAUAUUAAACAAUAUAGAACAAGAAAGUGUAACGAUCCUGGACCUGCUGAAGAGUUUUUAGAGAGUCCCUGCGGUACGCAAAGCUUAGAAGAGAGACAAGUUCGACGUUGCUGGCAAUUUACAAGUCCGAAUAGUGUUCAUAUGGCAGUUGAAAUUGAAUUUUAUGGUCACCUAAGAACUAAGGAUAUUUGCCAAUCUAUGAUUGCUACUCAAAGAGAUGAUUCAGAAGUUAGCUUGAAUAAAUUUCUAAGUAUUCCAACAAUACAGCAUAGCGUUGAAAAUAUGAUAUCAUUUGAACUCUGUAUCAAUUGGUGCUUACAAGAUAAACUUUGUAGGGAAGUUUAUUCACUAAAGAUAGAAGAUAAAAGAUAUAAAUGUGUUAAAUCAACAUCGUUUUGUUCUUUUUUGAAAUCGAAAUCUAGCAGUUUAGAAAGACUUUACAGAUUGACUGAUAAGCGUUGUAUUUUUACGUCCAACGUUUGUCAAUUACCAAUCUUUUAUUAUGACGAAUUAAGCGGUUAUUGUUUGUCAUACGGAGGAUAUUUAACUUAUGAGGAAGGUGUUCAAUAUUGUCAGAAUCUCGGUUUGCAUCUAUUUAAAUUAUCAAAUGUUCAAAAAGCUUCAAAUCUGGUCAGAUUUCUUCGUAAUGCUUUUAAAAACAUGACUCUUUGGUUAGGUAUACGUAAGAUGAAAGGACCCGAAAGAACUUUUGUAUGGGACUCUUUCGUUUGGAACGAUACUGACGUAGUAGAUGAGAAAGUUGUGAGUAGUUUAGAAGGUGAUUGUUACUUGGCCAUGAUCGAAGAAAAAGAAAUACAAUGGCAAGGAGCCGAUUGCGAGGAGAAGCAUCAAACACUUUGCUGGAGACCGCUUAUUGGAGAAUGGAGUAGCUGGUCUAACUGGAAUUUCGAUUCAAACAUUAAAGGGAAGAGCUUUCGAACUAGAAAAUGCAAUAAUCCAAAACCUUCAAAACCUCAUUAUAAUUGUUUCGGAGACGAUUUCGAAUAUCGAAAUAGAAGAAAAGAGAUGAAAAUAAGUCUAUUGGGACAAUUAACAAUCUUUGGAUGGUUUCGAAUACGAAAACAGAUGUAA